AUGAUAGAUCACGUUUUGGGGAGACCCUCCACCCGUUUUCGCAAGAUCCAAGUCUUCGCGGUAGUCUCCUUCUGGUCGGUCUACCUGCUCAAAGCCGAUAAACAUGGCCCACCAUUUAUUCGAUCACUCUCAUCCCGCUUCACAAGCAAAUUAACAACAUGGCAGACCACCGUCAUCAUAUUUCUCUGGCUGUACCUCAGUCGCAACUUUGCCAAAAUCGUUGGCCUCGAAUGCCCGGAACCAUUAGCAAACAUGUACUCGCGGUCCUUCUUCCGAGCGACAUGGAUCACUACGGGCCUGGAUGCUGGAUUUUGGACCGCGAUGAACAUCAAGCCUCAGUGGUUGCGGGAUAUCGCCUCUUUGGUUUUCACUGUUUACUACCUGAUCGCUGCCGAACAGGCGGACGAGAAGGUCCGUCGUGUCCGAGCCACCCUGACUCUGGAGCACCUGCGGGUUUCCUGGAACAAAGCCACUAGCCCAUAUCUAUGGAAUCUGGCAAGACUCCUACGGCCGCGGAUGACGCAAUAUCCGGCUCGAGCAAUUAGAAUUCCUCGACCAGCACAGUCAAUCUAUACCGAGCCAGUGAAUGCCUGGCUGUAUUUCGAUGGCCCGCUCAGCGCACUGAAACAGCAAAAGUCCAUCGUACUAGAUAUUCCAGGCGGUGGCUUUGUGGCUAUGAGCCCUCGAAAUUCAGAGGAUAAGUUGCUUGCCUGGGCGGGCCGACUGAAGGUUCCAAUCCUCAGCGUCGACUACAGGAAGGCACCGGAAUAUGCGUACCCACAUGCGUUGCACGAAUGCUAUGAUGUUUAUCAUAGCAUCGUGGCUACAGAUGGUCGUUGCAUGGGGCUCGAAGGGAGCGUUCGACCGCGGAUUCUCGUCACUGGCGAGAGUGCUGGUGGCAAUCUAGCCGUGGGAAUGACUUUGAUGAUCAUGCAAUCGGCCAUGUCCCAAGGAUGGCGACGAGAAGAUGAGCUUCCCGCUCCCGAUGGUCUUGUUCUUGGGUACCCUGCCCUCAACAUGAGGGUAGAAAGCUGGAUGAGUGAUGAGCAGAUGUCUCUGAUCCAAGAUAAAAGCUCUCGACAAACCAACCGCAGUGUACUUCAACGCAAACAAGACCAGUAUCGCAAGCUUACGCCCUUUACCUCCCCCGGUCGCUCGGUCGAGGAUUUGACUGCAAUUUCACCACCAGAUAAGGCAAAGGACAAGGAGACCGAUAUCGCCACCGAAACAGCGAAGUCACUCGAAAAGAAGCUUCAAAAGAACGAAGACCUCGGUAAAAAGGCUCCGACCAAAGCAGAAAACAAUGUCAAGCCAAUAAAGACUAGACUUGCCGUCUCUUCUAUGAUCACCUAUGUGCAUGAUCGAAUCCUCACUCCAGAAAUGACUCGUGCAAUGAUCAUUCUUUACAUUGGGCCGCAUCAUCGUCCAGACUUCAACACAGACUUCCUCCUGUCCCCUGUUCUAGCACCAGACGCUUUACUUGCUCGUUUCCCAAAGACAUACAUCAUGACCGGCGAACGAGAUCCGUUGGUUGACGACACCGUGAUCUUUGCAGGAAGACUCCGCCAGGCGAAGCUCCAUCAGUUCCGCGAGCGCCAGGACUUGGGUUUGGAGAAAGCCAACCGCACAUUCAAUGAAAAGAACUACGUUGAAUUAUCCCUCAUCCCCGGCGUGUCACAUGGAUUCAUGCAAAUGGCCGGAUUCUUCCCUGACGCGUGGAAGUAUAUCCAUCGCAGUGCAGAGUGGCUUGAAACAUUGUUUAAAGACAUUGAGACAGACAAUGCCUUGGCGAAUUCCAUGACAGUCGCAGAGGGCCCACAGGCAAACAGCUCACUUAAGUGGUCUGGCUCUGCAAGCCGGGUACCCAAUAUUUCGAAGCAAGGACGUAAUCACCGCCGAAACUUGACAGGCGAGUCCUCGGGUGAUGAUGACAGACCUCUGGAAAUGAGCAUGAGCAAGAUCAAUCUGAAUACAGGCGAUGCGAUACCAGAGCCAAAGCCCGAGCACCGGACACGUCGAAGGAGAUCGCGAUCUUCCUUUGCCUCGUCGCAACUCACAGGUUUCACAUCUCUGGGAGAUGAUAAUAGGGCCAAGGAUGACUUUAUUGCUAAGCUUCGACAUUUGGAGAGGUCCGGCCGUGGUGACCCAUUCGACCCGGAUGAGACUAAUAGUGCACCCGAAAGUCCGACUACCGCUCGUCCGCGGGGGCGUAGUAUUGCUUCUCUGGAUAGCGAAGAGGAUAUCCUGGAUCGUCGGAUGAAUGGUCUUGCUGGUGGGCUAAUGGGUAUUGGGGAAGGGGCUCAAACCCCUGGCCUGUAA